UAGUAUUGCAGAAAGUCACCAAUCCGGCGGAUGUCUUCCGGAUUUUCCUUGCUUCCUCUUUUUUCAGGAUUUGCGAUCCACAUUCAUUCAGAGACAUGAGGCUGUUCUUCCUUUUGGCAGUGACCCUGGUGUCACUGUGUGCUGUGCGUGGUGCCGACAAGAAGAAGCUACAGAUCGGCAUCAAGAAGCGUGUGGAGAACUGCCCCAUCAAGUCCCGCAAGGGUGACGUGCUCAACAUGCACUACACUGGUAAGCUGGAGGAUGGAACAGAGUUUGACAGCAGCAUCCCCAGGAACCAGCCCUUCACCUUCACUCUGGGCACCGGACAGGUCAUCAAGGGAUGGGACCAGGGUCUGCUAGGGAUGUGUGAAGGAGAGAAGAGGAAGCUGGUCAUCCCUUCAGAGCUCGGCUAUGGAGACCGAGGAGCACCUCCUAAAAUCCCAGGUGGCGCCACCCUUAUUUUUGAGGUGGAGUUGCUGAGCAUUGAGAGGCGGUCUGAUUUAUAACUGCAGGUCUGAGGCGCACCUCCCCUCCCCCACCCUCUCUGCUCCCAAGCUCCGCUCCUCUCCGUCAGCUCCUCCACCCAUCUGCCUGGUCAGGUAUUCACACCAAACCUGUCCAGGUGCCCAGCUCUGGCAGCCAUCAGCGGGCUUACAUCACUUUCAGCACCAUUCCAGUCCAGUCCCCAGCAGAGACCUCUACCAAGCACGACAUCAGUCAGCAUCGUUCAAACGCGUGUUUCUGUUGAAUAGUAUGACAGACAGACACCUGACUGAAACACACUGAACACAGCAGACCAGGGGAGUUCUGUGCACCACGUCUUUAUUUCAGUUAUUCCUUUGGACCACCUUAACACACACACACAAAUAAUUUGGACUAAGUACGAAAUGGUCUUUUUUUUUUUUUUUAUAGCUGUGACAUCAGUUCCAUAAGGGUUCAGGUAUUUGUUCCUUCUGUUCAAAUGGUCUUGUAUUCCUAUUGGAAUAAAUGUUUGAUUUACUAA